UUGUGUGAACACUUAAUUUAUUUUCAUCUUAUUUCUUUGUUUAUUUGUUUUUAUUGUGAAAUAAUACUUAUCACUGCUCUUCUAAUAUAAAAGUAGCAAAUGUGUAAAUUGUUUUAGUUUGGCAUAAUGGGAAAAUAUUAAUAAAGUGAAUUUAAUAAUAGACAUUAUCUUACAUACCACAUUUUUAUAUUGCUGUUUAAUUAAUGAUUACAACUAACAUUAAGAAGUAUUUAAGAAAUCAUUUCUCAAACAAAAUUUGUAUAUACCCCGCAGCUUUUGAAGAUGAUUAGUAAGGCGAAACAACUAAGUUCGGCGUUUUAAUAAAACUUUAUGAAGUAAUAAACGAAAUGGUGGCAAAUAUGAACGGAGAAGCUAACGUUUCUAGUUUAGGUAUAAAGUAUCCUACGCACAGAGACAACCAACUCCACACGGGAGAUUUGUGGCUCUUGGGUAAAAAAGAGGACGAUGGAGCUGAAAAUCUAUGGCGGAUACAUGACAAUUUAUACGAUUUAUCAGAUUUUGUUAAAAACCAUCCAGGAGGCUCAGACUGGCUUGUAUGGACAAAAGGUACUGAUAUAACCGAAGCUUUCGAAAGUCACCACUUAACUGAAAAUGCUCAAAAGCUGUUGCCGAAAUACUUUCUCAAAAAGGCUGCAGUUCCAAGGAAUUGUCCGUUUACAUUUGAGGACAAUGGCUUUUACAGAACCUUGAAAAGACAAGUAGCGGAAGCUCUUCGGAAUAUUCCAGACACAUCCGUUACUAGAUCAAAAGUUUUAGCUGAUGCUCUUUUAUGGGGCUACAUAUCGUUUGCAAUGUUAGCAGCAAAUAGAAACAGCUACAUAUUUGCGGUUAUUUCGGGGAUAUUUUUGGCAUUGGUCUCCAUAGCUUCACAUAACUUUUUUCACCAACGGGAUAACAUACGGAUGUACUAUUUUAAUUUUACUUUAAUGUCUUUCAGGCAGUGGAGGAUAACUCACGUGCUAAGUCAUCACCUUUACACAAAUACAAUAAACGAUAUCGAAAUUUCUACAGUUGAGCCAUUUCUUCAGUACCUUCCAGGAGAAAAAAAUAUAAUUUAUAAAACGUUGUGUUGGAUUUAUAGUCCCAUAAUUUAUUCGUUCUUAUUUAUUGGAAGUCACAUACGACUAAUUCUUUAUAACCUAAUAUGGAAUAGUAAAUUCUACUGGGACGACUUUUUACCAUAUUCCAUUCCCUUGCUGAUGUAUUUGGUUGGCGGAAAAAGUUUAAUUCAAAUACUUUGUCUAUACGCAACUAUAGUGGUAGUUGCUAGCAUCCAUUUCGGAAUAGUUGGACUCAAUGCUGCCCAUCAUCAUCCAGAUAUAUUCCAUGACGGGGAUACACCAAGGCCAAAAGAAGAACUGGAUUGGGGUAUUCACCAAUUAGAUGCUGUAAUGGAUAGAACUGAUAUUACAGGUUCACACUUCUUGGUUCUGACAAAUUUUGGUGACCAUGGUCUCCACCACCUAUUUCCUACCAUAGAUCACGGAAAAUUAGAAUACUUAUAUCCGGUUCUUGAAGAAACGUGCAAAAAAUUUGGUAUAGAGUUACGAAUGACCACGCAAAUGGACCUAGUCAAAGGACAAUUUAAGCAACUUCUCAAAGUGAAACCGAGAAAAAAACCACCAAAGCCGUUGAGUGCAACAAAACUGUGAUACACUUAAAUUGCCAUAUUGAAUUGAAUUGUUUAUAUUUGUAUAUAUUAAUAAGAGAGACAAAAUAAAGAACAUGCUAGAAAA